UCAAAAUAAACACUACCCAUAACCGCAUCAGCUACCGUCCAGUGCUCAAUCGAUCAUAUCUUAAAAUGGAUCUGUACUAUAUGCCAGUUUCUCCAUCCUGUUGGUCGGUCCUACUGCUGAACCGCCAAUUGGGCCUUAGCAUCAACUUGAAGCCUAUUGACUUCCAAGCCGGUGAUCAUAAGAAGGAGUCCUUCUUAAAGAUCAAUCCAGCGCACACAAUUCCCACUCUGACAGUUGGCGACGAGUAUGCUCUCGGUGAGUCCCGUUCGAUCAUGGUCUACCUGGUGGAGUCGCAAACAAACAAUGGCACGCACUCGCUGUACCCGUUGGAUGCCAAGCUGCGUGGUCUCAUCCAUAACCGGCUGGAUUUCGAUUUAGGCACCCUGUAUCAGCGGUUCGUUGCAUACUGCUCGCCCCUGUAUACGAGUGGCACCCAAGGAACAGAGGAAAAUCGCGCCAAAGCGCACGAAGCUCUCGAAACGUUGGACAUCUUCUUGGGUAAAUUCCGCUUCGCGGCAGCCGACCACCUCACCAUAGCGGACUUUUCGCUGAUGGCUACUGUGAGUGCAUUUGAUUUGUGCUACUUUGACCGGUCGAAGUACGAGAACGUGUCCAAAUGGUACAAGGCUUGCACGAAGGAGCUCGUUGGUUACGAAGAUGUGAUCUUGAAAGGGUUCCCCGAGUGGAGGAAAUUCAUCCCGAAUCCGGAAUUGAUAACGAAAUAAAUUACCAUAGCAUGUCCAUAUCCUACAAUUGGGGUUCUAUUUGGUAAACUUUUAUAUAAAAAUAAAUAAAAAAGAUUAAAUAAUUCACGUUUCCUACUGAGUGAAAGUGGGAAUCGUUUUCCAGUUGUUCAGUAUCCAAAUUUUGGUGAAUGAAAAAGUUGAAUAAAUCCUCUUUCAAUAA